AUGGCAAAUUCAAAAGAGACCAUCCCAGCCAACGAAAAAGUUUUUUUAGGUGGCGACUUCAAUGGACACAUAGGAAAGGAGGCAACAAACUAUAACUCAAUUCAUGGCGGUUUUGGAUAUGGUGUAAGGAAUGAGAGUGAUGAGUCCCUACUUGAGUUGGUGCUAGCAAAGGAAUUGGUUAUAGCUAACUCAAUAUUUAGAAAGAAGGAUGAACACUUGAUAACGUACAAGAGUGGUAAGCUUGCAACCCAAAUUGACUACUUUUUAGUACGGAGAGACGAUCGAAGCUCGUGCCUAGACUGUAAGGUUGUGCUUGGCACAGAAAUGCCCACCCAACAUAGGGUAUUAGUACUAGUUUUUCGUAUGAGGAGAAAGAUUGCCGAGAAAAAGUUAAAGGGCAGGGAAAUGAUCAUGUGGGGUAGACUUAAAGGGGAUAAGGUCGCAACCUUGUCAAGCAAGAUCAAGAUGUCAGGUUAUCUAAGUAUAUCAAACGAUGCGAAUCAAAUGUGGGAGACUAUGGCGGAAACCAUUCGUAAGAUAAAGGACAAAAACAGGAGAUUCAAGGAGCUUAUGGCUUGUACAGAGGAGGAAGAUAGGAAACAAAAUAGAGAGAGGUAUAAGGAAGCAAAACGGGAGGCAAAGAAAGCAGUAGCAGAGGCAAAGAGUCGUGCGUUUGAAGCCUUUUAUCAAAAGCUUGAUACCAAAGAGGGGGAGAAAUAUAUUUUUAAGUUGGCUAAAGCCAGAUCUAGGCAGAGGAAAGACCUAGGAACAGUGAAGGGUCUAGCAAAGGAAAGUCGACCAACGACGGGCAUCCGAAGAACAUGGGUUUACGGGUCAUUUAGUGAUAUAACCACGGCGGAACUAAGAGAAGCUCUCAAAAAGAUAGGGGGAUUUAAGGCAGUUGGACUUGGUAAUAUUCCGAUUGAGGUGUGGAGGGGUUUAGGAGAAGAGGGCAUUCAUUGGCUUACUGAACUCUUUAAUGCCAUCUUGAGAUCUAGUAAGAUGCCGGAAGAAUGGAGGGUUAGCACAAUUAUCCCACUGUUUAAGAACAAGGGCGAUGCACAAGAAUGCGGGAAUUACAGGGGUAUCAAACUUCUAAACUAUACAAUGAAACUGUGGGAAAGAGUGAUUGAGAAAAGACUUAGACGAGAGACGGUGAUUAGAGAGAGCCAGUUUGGAUUCAUGCUGGGAAGAUCAACCAUAGAGGCGAUCCAUCUUUUUAGGAGACUGAUGGAAAAGUAUAGGGAACGAAAGAAGGAUCUGCAUCUAGUGUUCAUUGACCUGGAGAAAGCGUAUGAUAGUAUACCACAAAGCAUCAUUUGGGAUAGUCUCAAGAAUAGUGGUAUUUCACAAAAGUACAUUACGGUAAUACAGGACAUGUAUAACAGAGUUUCGACUAACAUUCAAACACCGGUGGGUAUGACAGAGUCUUUCCCAAAAUUCAAGUGGGUCUACAUCAGGGAUCAACACUAA